GCAACAUUAGUGCUGUGUAUAUCUUAUAAGUGAAAUUGAAUGGAUCUAGUGAAUAGUUCAAUGUGUUUAUAAUAUGUACUGGGCAUUGUUGAAAUAGAGUUUUUGUUUGAUUAUUAUUUUAAUUGUUUAAUUGUUGAAUAAUUAUGCAGUACAACAAUUUUGGAGGAGCUUUUGAAGAAGCUUGACGUAGACCAGGCUGCCUGGAUUGGUGACAGAGCCGGUAAUUACUAUGAAGUUAUGUUCCCCCUGGCCGCUGGAGACAAGUGUGAGACAAUGCUGCACUGUCUAACACAACUUGGUAUUGGAGUGCGCUGCAAAUCUAUAGUUAGUGUUCUGCCCUGCAAUGUCGUUCACUCGGCUCACGAAAACUUCAUUGAAGAUGACGAAGAUAUCAUGAGGAGAAAUGAAAAUGCAACGCGAUGGCGACAGUUCGUGGAGUCGAUCAGAUCAAAGUUGACAGUGAAACAAGUGGUGGACGGAGUUCGGGGUGGGGGGGAGCUCUCGUUUGACUAUCUCACACUUAUCAUCACCGCAGACUCUCUAGCAGCUUUGGGCCUGGUUGAAAAUAAUGCAUCAAAUAUAGUGGCAGCCAUGUUGGUUUCUCCGCUCAUGGGUCCGGUCAUGUCAAUCACAUUCGGAACUAUAAUAGCUGACAGAUCCCUCGUCAGGAGCGGCUUCGAGAGUCUCAUCAUUGGGAUGCUAGUGUCAUUGCUGUUUGGAUUCAUCUUCGGACUUAUCCUUGGAACCACUGAGAUGCCAUGGGGUUAUGGGGACUGGCCGACAGAAGAAAUGAAGGCUAGAGGUAACGUGCGGUCUCUGUGGAUGGGAGUCCUGUGGGCUUUGACUUCUGGCACUGGAGUGGCGUUGGCCCUGCUGCAGGGUAGUGCUGGUCCACUUAUCGGCAUUGCUAUCUCCGCGUCACUUCUACCUCCGGUUGUUAACUGUGGUCUGUUUUGGGCGUUAGCUUGUAUAUGGCUGCUAUAUCCUGGGGUAAAAAUACCACAUCUGAAAGGCGAGAGCUAUGCCGGCAACUCAACGUACGAACCUCUAUACCACGAUUACUUACCAAUUGAAUUCGCUGUUAAUGGCAUCGUCAGUUGUUGCCUCACUGUGGUCAAUGUUAUUUGCAUUUUCAUUACGGCGAUACUAUUCCUGAAGAUAAAAGAAGUUGCAGCACCGUACACUUCAAGUCCAGACUUGAGACGAUUCUGGGCCCGAGAUAUCAAAGUAGCCCGUGACGCUAACAAAGCAAACCUCAAAGCUGAAGACGAUGAACGGACUGAGUUAAUAUUAGAAGAUUUAAAUCUAGCCACGGACAGCAAUGAGGAUAUAAGAGAAAAAUUAGAAGCGGCUGUACAAGAAGCACUCAAUGAUGAAACGUAUCGAAAAGUAAAGAGAAUGAGUUACCAGAGCCAUAACGCUGAUGCGGUCGCAAGAUCUAUAGGCCUUCAAGCACGAACACCGACAUCAGUGAGAUCCAGCGUUUCUGGAACUCUACCGCCCCAGAACAUUCAAAAAGGUUCUAAUAUACACGACAUAGCGACGCUGGACAAAAUUUUAACAUCACUACUCGGUCUGCAGAAGCGAAGAUCAUUUCGGUCACAUUUGGGAACACCCCGAGCAAGCAGGAUGCCAACACUAGAUGAGUUGGCUCCGAACAGACGCUCGGAAUCAUGGCCAGAAGGGAUCUAUGAGGGUUCUAUUGUUCGCAACGUUCUUCACAGCUUGAGAAACAGUAAACAGAACUCGGCUUCAGAAGAACACUUUUUGACUCCGAAAUAAGUCGGAGUCUGUUUGGCAAAAUAACCCAUUAGUAUUCUUACAUUACUAUUCUCAUGCAUAUUUAUUCUACAAGUAGAACAUCAUCGCGAUCAAUAGGCGACACAGGUGGAAACACGGAAGAAAAAGAAGGUUAAUGAUACCACUGAUUGUGAAUGGAGUGACCGCCCUCAGGCUAUUAAAUAAUAAGUUUAAUUGUACAAUAUUACUUUGUAAACGUAUUUUUUCGAUGGAAAAAAAAGCCCGCUGAGUUUGUUGCACCCGUUCUUCUCAGGUCUGAGGCAUUAAUUUUGGAAUGGGUGGUAGUUUUUGACUUUCAAUAAGUGUAGGACAUCACUUUUUGAAUAAAAAUAUUUGAAUUUGAAAUUUGAUCACCACGGGAUUUGCAGUGCAUGUGAAUGCGUACUGUGCAGUCAGGUUUAGCACCUCUGAGUUAUUAAAUCAUAACAAUAAUAAAAUAAUUUUGUAUUUUCUUUGACUAUCGCGAGUGUAAAACAUUUAUUUAAAUAAAAUACUUUUUAAAGCUCAAAACUUUCGCGUGCUGUAAUUUGCAUUUUUACAUUAGGUUUCUGAGUAGGUUACAUUUUUAUUAUUUAUUUAUUUGCAGGAUCAGGGGGGUUGCCAAUAAUUUUCUUUCAAUCUGCCUUUUAUUAAAUUGUAAAUUAAUUUCAAUGUAAAGGUUAAUUAUGUUGUGUUCAUGUUAUGGUUGUGUCAGUGACUUUUUGGUAAAAAUGACACAGAAGUUUACGUCUCAUAUAGAUUUGAUAUUAGCGAAGCUACGAACAAAGAGAACCGAUUGAAGAUUGGUUCAUAGAUACAAUGUCGACAACCCUACGCGUCUCGCUCUAUAGGAUUUAAAUCUGCCGAAAUCAACGCUAGUAUGUUAGAUGUUCUACUUAAACAGGGGCGCGCUUCGACUACUUUUCCAUUUUACUGUAACAAAAACAUUUCUGGGUUUCUUGCUCCCAUUCUUAUCAGGUCUGAGGCAGUCUCUUUUGAAUGGGUGGUAUUUUAUGACGUUCAAUAAGUGAUUUUGAAUCCUAUUUUGAAUAAAAUUUUUGAAUUUGAAUUUAUCAAUCUGUUGUCAUCUUUAAAUAUUAUAAUUUUAAGCAACUGUUUAAUAAUCUAAUAGGUACCUACACUGUGUUUAUUAUCAUGAUAAGCAUUUUUCUAUCAGUCCACGUCAUCGAAAACAAU